UCCGUUCGAACAGCGAUAACAGCGAGCAGGAAAUCGAAGAAAAUAAAAAUAGUGCUCAAAGUGAAGGAUAAAGUUCACAAAGGACACAAAGCUUUAAAAGGACCCUCCAAAGGAUUAUAAUUUAAAGUGAUAAAUUAGUUUUGUGUAUAGAAUAAAAAAAAACCGUUAAUGAAAUACAGAAAUAAUCGUGGCACAAUUUUGCAAAUACAGUUCAGAACAUUUCUAAAAAACGGUUUUCCAUGUUUAAUUCCAUUUGAGAGCUAAACGAAAAAGCGACAGUCGAAGGAUUUUGAACUUAACGAAUUGGAAAAUAAUCAACCAAGUUUGCACUCAAGUCGCCGGGCGGAAAGUCGUCGACUGGAGAAGGUAACUUCUCCCGGAAAUCGUAGUAACAUACCUCAUCCUUGAUAAGGAGGACUUAACCAGGACUCAGGAUGUUCGCCACUCAGGAUACCAUUCUAAAGUUGCUGACACUGUGCGCCCUGGCACAUUCUAUAAACGGAUUGGCACUUUCGGAAAAAUCCCCAUCAGGAUCUGGACCUUUAGAUCCCAGUCACAAGUACUUGAUUGUGCGGGGUGAAGCCCCCAGUUCCAGUUCCCAGGAGCAUGUGGAGUUCGAUAAUGCGGCCACCCUUCUACUGAGAGCCUUUAAGAACCAGCAGAUACCGGGAACUCCGAAUGAUCUGGAGGAAUGCAGUGCUCCCAGUCACAAGGCCACCUUUUCGGGUUACGAUUAUGUGAUUCUUUUGGGCAUGCUGAUCAUCUCGCUGGGGAUUGGCAUCUUUUAUGGGUUCUUCCAGAAGGGCGGCAGCUCCUCCAAUGAGUUUCUCCUCGGUUCUGAAAUGAGCAUUUUCCCCGUGACCCUCAGUUUAACGACCAGUUUUAUUACGGCCAUUGAGCUGCUGGGCAAUCCCUCUGAGAUGUACUUCCAAGGCACUCAAUUUGUGCUUAUAGUAAUCCCCAUGGUCUUGGUUAUACCGGUGGCAGUAAAAAUAUUCUAUCCCAUUUACUUUAAAAUGGAACUCACCAGCUGCUAUGAAUAUCUGGGGAUACGUUUUGGCAAGGAAAUCAGGAUACUGGGUGCAGUGCUCUAUGUCAUUCAGAUGUGCUUCUAUACAGCUGUGGCUGUUUUGGCCCCGGCAAUUGCUCUUUCGAAGGCCACUGGCUUGGACACCAAAAUAGCCGUGGUUUUGAUCUAUGUGGUCUGUGUUUUUUACUCUUCCCAAGGAGGAAUGAAGGCUGUGGUCAUUGCGGAUUCCUUUCAGGCUGCUGUCUUGGCUGUAUCCUUGGUUUUGAUAGUGGGUUUGGGCAGCUUCUACAGUGGCAAUCCCAUUCAGGUCUUUCAAAAGGCUGCCGAACACAAUCGCCUGGAGUUCUUCAACUUGGAUCCCAGUCCCACCACUCGUCAUACAGUUUGGUCUGUGGUCAUUGGAGGCUUCUUCUACUGGACCUCGCUUUUCUGCACCAAUCAGGCCUCCGUUCAGAAGUGCAUGUCCUUAAAGUCCUUGAGGCUGGCCAAGAUUGCCCUCGGCUUUGCCAUCAUAGGCUUGAUUGCUGUGUUUCUUCUGAACUUUUACACUGGCCUGAUGGUUUUCACCCACUAUGCGGACUGUGAUCCUUUGACUGCAGGAAGGAUUUCGGCCACAGAUCAAUUGUUGCCCUAUUAUGUGAUCAAUACCUAUGAGCAUAUUUACUCUGUGGCAGGAAUCUUUGUGGCUGGCAUUUUUGCAGCCAGUUUGGGAACUGUAGCCUCUGCCUUGAACUCUUUAUCCGCUGUGACCUGCGAGGAUCUUUUGGUCAACGGAAUGAACAUUAAAAUCUCCCCCGAAAAGGGAGCCACCUAUGCCAAGUGGAUGUCCUUGGGCUUUGGCAUCGCCUCCUUUGGCUUGGUUUUCAUCGUCGAGCAUUUGGGUGGGGUCCUGCAGGCCACCUUGACCCUAAAUGGACUGAUUGGCGGUGUCACCUUGGGUCUCUUCGUCCUGGGAAUCGCCUGCAAACAGGCUAACACUAAAGGAGCUUUCUACGGAGGACUUUUAUCCCUGGCCCUGGUUAUUUUCGUGGGUGUGGUGGCCCAGAUAGUCAGUGUGGAGCAGCCCGCGUUGCCCACUUCCAUCGAAAACUGCGAUUGUCAUGUGAAUUUGACGAAUAUCAUUGGAAAUCUGCUGACAGAACCUGUGCAAAUCGUUGAGGAGGGAGGAUUCACAUCUUGGCCAAUUUUCCGGCUGAGCUAUAUGUGGUACAGCAUGAUCGGCUGUCUGCUCACAGUUUUCCUGGGCUGGCUAAUUUCCCUAAUCAUCGACUUUGUCCAGCGACGAAAUGUACUGAAGAUCACCGGCAAGGGCAUCGAUAAUCCUGCCGUUUCCGAGGAGAUCUUCAAGAGCGACUCCCAGGUGCAGUACACCACCACAACGGUGAUUCCCACCGAUCCCCGAGAGACUACAAGUGCCGAGGGCCAUGUGAACCAUGCCAUUCGCAUCGACGACGAAUAGAACUCGAAUCCAAAAAAAGUAUCGAAUUCUGGAGGGGAUCGUCGAUUCCCACCGGUUUAUUCCUUGUGUAACCUGUAACCUCCAUGUACAAAGACCAGUCGCAAAUCUGUUAACUGUCCUAGUUUAGUCGAAAGAGUGAUUUCUAGUUCUUAAGUCCAAAAGCCGAGGUUGUUGGCUCAGUAUUCUGUAUACACACACACUUACUAAUGUUACUACGAAAUGAAUUUACCUAUAGUUUGUUUUAAGUUUUAAGGCAUCAAAUAAAACCUAUAUAUUCCUGAUCAGCUUUUGAGGCUGAAAUGUCAA